AUGCAUUUGAUAUCCGUGGUAUCUCUAUGCCUCCUACUCUGCAGGGCAGUGGCCGCCGAUACCUAUAUGUUAGAGCAGCCGUUGAACUCAACAUUUACCCUAUUUGACAAUUACAGCAAUGAAAUUGUAUCUCCUGGCAGCGAUAUGCUUGAGAUUACACCCAACGCAACCGAUCGGUGGCUUUUCGAGCAAAUCUAUGACUACAACUACAUUAUCAGACACAGCACCAGCCAAAAAUUCCUACAUUUCAAAGUCCUACAGGCUGGGGCGACUGCUAGACUCAGCGAACUGUCUGCGACUGUAUUGGCACCGGUGGUGGUUACGGAUGCCAUCGUGAAAUUUGUCAUAUACGGCCGAAGGAACCAGUUGUGGCUUACCUUGGAACCGUACAACGUUGAAGAACCAGACCGUUUUGUUAUAAGGCUACAAGAGAGGGAACCAGCAGGUCAACAUCAAUUCACCAUGCUUAAGUCACCUCAAAUUAGCAACUAG